AUAAGAAUCAGAGAGUAAAAAGCGUAAACCCUCAAAUCUGACGCCCCUUGUUGUGUUCUCUUGUUAGAUUGCUUCCAUCAAUCGAAAUUACCCUUUCCAUUCCUUUCUCUCUCUAAAAUUCUAGUCCCUUUCUCUCUCUAAGAAUCCAUGGCCGACGCUUAUUGGAGAUACGCCGACGUCAGGCAACAGCAAGCUCUUCCUUCUCUUGUCGGAAAACGCCCUCGCUCUGACUUCGAAAUUCCUGGUGGCCAUGAGUUGCCAAGCUAUUACGCUCGUGAUGAUGAAAGAGGUGCACACCGUGUUAUUAGAGAUUCUGACACAAUCGGAGCAUCAUAUGAUCGUUAUCUGCGCUCUGCGCAAAUUACUUCUUAUGGUGGGGGGGAGUCUGUUAAACCUUUAAGUGGAGGACUAAGUGGUCACGCUAUUGAUGAUCCACGCGACCCGCGCCUUAUGGGUAUUGGGGGGUUGGACCCAGGAGUGACUGCAAAAGGCCGGACCUUGGGAUUUGGAGGUGGAAGGCCUGAGGUUUCUCUUCCUCCUGAUGCUACCAGUACACUGUUUGUGGAGGGAUUGCCAGCAAAUUGUACACGGAGGGAGGUGUCUCAUAUCUUUCGCCCUUUUGUUGGGUACAAAGAAGUCAGACUUGUUACUAAGGAUUCAAGACAUUCUGGGGGUGAUCCGCUGGUACUUUGUUUUGUUGAUUUUGCUAGUCCAGCCCAUGCUGCCACUGCAAUGGAUGCCUUACAAGGUUAUAAAUUCGAUGAGCAUGACCGUGAUUCGGUCAAUUUAAGGCUUCAAUUUGCUCGCUAUCCUGGUGCGAGGUCAGGUGGCGGGCAUCGUGGCAAGCGUUGAAUUAUGCGGUUUUACAGGACUCACUCGUGUCAGGGAGGUCUAUGACAAUGAGGGGUGAUACAACAGCCUUGCAGUUUCAAGAAUUACUUAUCGUGCUGAAUCGGCGCUUUUGUUAGGACCGGCUUGUUGCGGGUGGGUUUUCGAUAAUUGAGGGACGGUUGCCCGAGUUUAAACUUAUAAAGGGCUUAGCUUUUUUCUAAUUAAUUUAGAAUUAUGUCUCAAACAAUAACACCAGACUCGAGUCCUGUUAAAUUUGUUUUUCUAUUUGAGUCUAUCAAAACAUUGCUUCUGCUUUUGUUCA